AUGGUUAAAUGGCUUAUAGAAAAAAGAAUAUCACAAAAAAUAUUAACUCUGAAUAAUGUAUUAUAUAGAAAUAUAAAAAAUUAUAGUAUUUUUGUUAAUAAAAAAGAACAUGAAAUAUAUCAAAAUAAUGAAUAUAAUGAAAAUAAUGAGGAUGAUAUGUUAACAAAAAUAAAUAUAGAAGAUGGGAAAAAAUUAAUAGUUGUCCAUGAGAAAUAUAAAAUACAAGUGUCUUUAUGUAUAGAUAGAUUUCCUAUAAAUUAUGUUCAGGAAAAAUUUGAAGAAGAUUUUCAGAAUUUUAAAGAUGAAUGGUUAAUUAAAACGAAUAACAAUUUAGAUGUAAAUGAAGAAUUUUUUCAUAUGAAAUAUAAUUUAAGUAAUUUAAAUGAAAAACAAAAAGAGAAAGAUAAUAAUAAUGAUGAUGAUAGUAAUGAAAGGGAUGAAUUGGAUGAACAAAAUGAGCAUAAGAAUGACAAUACAUAUAAUAAUAAUAAUAAUAAUACACAAAAUAAAUUUGAUAAUAUAAGAGAUAAUAAGGUGAACAAUAUGGAAUCUAUAAAUGAAUUAUCUAUGGAGGAUGAAAAUUUAGAAAAAUUAUUUUCUUUAGAAGGUAUACAAGAUAUAUUUAAAAAAAAAGAGGAAAAAAAAAAAAUUCAUGAAAAAGAUAAGAAAAAUAAAAAGGAUGAAAAUAUUAAUGAAUAUGAUUAUAAAAAUAUAAAAAGAAAACCAAAUGAUUUUUUAUAUUUAUUGGUGAAAUAUAAACACUUAAAUAAAUGGAUGUUCCCAAUUAUGGAUUUUAAAAAAAAUUAUUCAAUCAGACAAAAUUUACAAUAUUUAUGUAUGCAACAAUUAAAAUGUAAUACAUUACCAUUUUUUAUAGGUUAUUCACCUUGUAACUAUGAAAAAAGGAAAUUUAAAACUCCACUUAUAGAAAACGAAAUUAUAGGAAGAAAAAUUUUUUAUUAUAGGGCUCAUUACAUAAAACAAAAUACAACAUGGAAUGUCUUAAUGAAUCAAGAUAUACAAGAUGUAGCUUGGGUAACACGUGCUGAAUUAAAAAAUUUUCUAUCACCUAAUAGGUAUUAUGUGAUAAAAGAUGCCUUACCCUUAACAUAA